AUGUGGCAUCUAAUAGACGGUUCGUUUUGGUGUGUGCUGUUUAUUAGUGCCCUUUGUAGCGGUCAGGAUCUGCUGACGAAUCCCAGCUUUGAGAAUGGCGUGACGGGAUGGAAAGGUGAAGGCUUCACUUUACAGACGGACACCAGCAUUGCCCAUGAAGGAGCAGCUUCCGCUUUGUCCACAGACAGAACCCAGAACUGGCAAGGCCCAACACAAGAUAUCGUUCUCACUGGUGGGAGCAGAUAUGAAUUUAGCGCAUACAUCCAGCUCGUCGAUGAUUCUCCGGAAAGACCAGAUCAGCCCGUCUAUGUGAGGAUCACGUCCAGUUUCUCCAAUGGAACAACUAGCGUUUUGGAGCUGGCCACGCGUAUACGGGUGAGUCCACGUGAUGGAUGGGUGCACCUUGGCGGAACUUUCUUGUACCCAAACAAUCGAUACGUAAGCGCUACCCUGAGUGUGGAAGGUCCGGCUGCUGGCGUUUCCUACUACUUUGAUGACGCAUAUCUUGUGGAAAUACCCGAAUACACAACAUGGGAAGCUGACGCUAAUGCGCGCAUUGAGGCUCACAGAAAAAACAAUAUUCGCUUCAC